CUGCGCUCCCUCUUUCCUCCCUACCCCCAUCUCUUGCGUCGCUCCCGGCGCAUUUGUGGAUUUCUCAUCUUUGACACUUUAUUCCGACGAAUUCUAAUUCUCUCACUCAAGCACUCACGCUCACUAACGACACUUAUAUCUCAAAAGCAGCCAAAAAAAAAGAGGAAGAUCGGAUUCAGUUCUGGAUGGCUGACACCACGCAAACAUUCCCCCCGUGGUUGACCCAAGUCGUGUCGACUGUCACUGACGACAGAGGCAUUCCCCUUGCCACCGUCACCUCGGUUAUGUACUUGCCGUUGACAUACUAUGGGCCCAGCAUUCCGUUGGGUUCAGACUGGACUUACGGUGGUCUAACCUCUCCUGCUUCCACUGCAACAUCCAUUACUGAAACCUCAAUAACUACUGCGAUACCUACAACCACCUCAUCUGCGAUACCUUCAACCUCAUCAACAAUAUCUUCAUCUUCAUCUUCUGUAUCUUCAACUUCAUCUGCGAUACCUUCUUCAUCCACCUCUUCGUCGUCCAAUUCGUUGACAUCAUCAAUCUCCGCAUCGUCCACUUCAUCUGUGCCCCUCACUGCAUCGUCCACGUCAUCCCACUCUUCUACCUCAACCCUACCCCCGAGUUCUCAAAGCGGACGCCUCGGCAAAGCCCAAAUUGCCGGCCUCGUUGUGGGCUCUGUUCUCACGCUUGUGGUUCUUCUCACCAUUGGGAUAUGUUAUCUUCGGAGCAGGGAUUAUCGUCGCCGUCAGCAACGUCUUGAAGCUGAUUUUCAAGAAAAAGACACCAGUUAUGUCAUGAUUGAUACUGAGGGCCGCCAGGCUGGGGAAGGUUCACCACGGGGUAGCGGGGAAGAGGUUGAUCCUUUCCUUCAGCGAAGUCGUGGUGCUCCAGCUGUUCCACCGAAACGGAAGGGUGGUGCCAAACCAGGACCUUUUAGGAGAAAAGCCGCGCCGGCAGAGGUCAGAAACGUCCCUAUCAAUGGAAGCGCAUCCUCCAAAAAUAGUAGUGGAAAGAACACCUCUUCGACAGGUUCUGGCUAUGGUUCUCUUUUAGAUCAUCCCACUAUCCACUUUAAUCCGGAUGAUGAGUAUCGACCGGGAUAUAAUCCUCCCACCCCCGAGCCUCUUCAUACUUUGGUAGAAGAAUCAGUCUUGCAGGCCUCCGACGGUGGAGAUACCGAUUUUGGUCCUCCCAUGCCUCCUCCUCCAUUGGUUGAUCCAGAAUCUCAUUCUAGUAGAGACUCCUCGCGUAAUUCUCGCCAAACACAUCGAUCAUCAUAUCCCAUUGAUGGAGAUGAACCUGCUAUGUUGGCAACGGCCCGGCGUGUACGGGUUGAAGACCUUGGCCCUCGAACAUCUCCGUUAUCGUCCAAUUCACCUCUUCAUUCACCUGAGCAUCCUAGUACAAGUGAUGCCGCCAGACACAGUGGCGGUCUCCUCGGACUUGGAAGUUUGGUUGGCUUAGGGCGGAUCAGCAAUCUGUUCAAAAGCUUGGACUCUUCGUCUCGAAGGCAUUCACGUGUUUCCUCUGAGGAUCUCGAGUCGGGUCAAGCUCUGCUUGGUAAUGUUUCGCCUGAAAUGUCCGACCAACGUCCUCUCGCACCCGCAAUGAGUACGAUGAGUGACCGGCCAAUGUCGAGUGUUAGUGCUAGGAGUGCAGCGUCUGGUGCGACGGUGUAUCAUGAUGCACAAUCUUCCAUGCCUAGCACGCCUGUCCUGGCUGGUGUUCCCGUACUUACCCCUCCUCCCCGCGCCCUUGCUGCACCAAACCAGGCGGAACUGGGUAUCUGGAGCCCUGGCUCUGUCGAACGGAUGAGGCACCAUGCCUCUGCACUUGGAGACUCGUAUAUCGCAGAGACGUCGACGGCUCCGAGCGUCCCUACGUCGCCGGUGACACCAGUAUUCGGGGGUCCCAUCGAUAUCCUUGAUAUGCCUGCCCCACGAGGUAUCUCGCCGUUUACGUCGGCGUCUUCGAUGAAGGAUACUCCAAGCAACAGUAGUUUCGGCACUAAGCUACUUUCAUAUGCUCCAGGAUUGCCUUUACCGACGUCUCCACGGAUAUGGGGAGAUAUUACAGGCACUACCUCUUCGACAGGCUCCUUCGCUGGUGGAACAGACGGAGCCGCGGAUGUCACCAUCGAUAUCCUUGAGGAGGAGCCUCCCUCUGCCGGGGAUGGAUGGAGGUCUCUAGCUGGUGUCGUACCCAGCAGCGUGGACGAAGUGGGACGAAGGACAACAUUCGGAUUGCCCCAGUCUGUUCACCAGCCUGGCCAAUACUCCGAGCAAGAAUCAUUAAGCUCGAUGCGCUCUCAUCUAAGCCCAGGAUCGAGGAGUUCUGCGGGUUCGGCCCCUGCUUCGCGGCGGGAUCUCUCUGUCGGAACUGGCUCAUCAAAGAGUCAGGGGACCGCCAGCGGCUCUUCGCUAGCUCAUACAGGUAGCAUCUCUUCAGAUGGACGCCAUAGACACCGCGCACAGGGUCCUAUAUCUCCAGCGCUAUCUGCCUUUGGACUCGUCAGCCCGACUUCGUCAGUGGCAUCCCCUCAUAGGGCACAUUUCUCGGCUUCGUCGUCCAUGGGGACGCGACGGAGUGCAACGGACGAUUCAGGUCCCAUAAGCCCACUCCCCUGGGCUGGGGGCCUAGAUCAAAAUUGGAAACCUACAUAACUAACACCAUUCAUUCGAUGUGCGUUAGACACGCAUACAGCGCGCAAGUCACCAUGAGUCAUUGGACGAGUUCGAUUUCACUCUUUUUUCCCCGAACCGCUGUCCUUUUUCUUAUCGAAAUCUUGGACUUUUUUUCUUUGCUUCAUUUAAGGCUGCCAAGCCUACCGAUACUGUAUUCGUUGUCUUUUGGGUGUUAUCGAGAUUUGAUCUAUCCAUUUCAUUUGUUAUACUGUAUCCUUACGACUUGCCAUGAUCAUGUCCUGAUAUGCAUUGCUGUUCACCUCUUCUUCGAAUUUACAUCGCCUGUAAUCACAACGAGUACUUAGAUGUAAAAAAAGUUCUAAAAC